AUCUGGUGGCAUCCCCUUCAGUCCUGCACUGGGGCCUGGCACUGGCCUGCCCCACCCUAUAGCCCAGCCCAGCCCCCUCAGGGUAGGCCAGGCUGGUGGGAGAGGGUGGGGUGCAUUUACAUUUUCAGGUCUUUCCAGGCCUUGGCCAGCCUCUCAGCCUGACUAACCGGCUCCUCCAGGCUCAAGGUGCUGGGGCGGGGGUGGGGCAGGAGGUAGCCAGAUCAGCCCCAGGCUGCGGAUGUGGAAGAAAGCUGAGCUCGGGUGGCCAUCAUGGGGCUCCCCCAGAGGCAGCCUGGCCCAUCGGUCCUGCUCCUCCUCGUGGGGGCACUGGUCUGGCCCCCAUCCUGUAUGAGCCUGGAGCUGAUCCCCUACACGCCGCAGAUAACAGCCUGGGACCUGGAAGGAAAGGUCACAGCCACCACAUUCUCCCUGGAGCAGCCUCGCUGUGUCCUGGAUGGGCAUGCCAGCGUUGCCAACACCAUCUGGCUGGUGGUGGCCUUCAGCAAUGCCUCCAGGGACUUCCAGAACCCGCAGACACGAGCUGAGAUCCCAGCCUUCCCACGGCUGCUGACUGAUGGCCACUAUAUGACGCUGCCCCUAUCCCUGGACCAGCUGCCCUGUGAGGACCCCAAGGGUGGCAACAGGGACGUCCCCCUGCUGCGGGUUGGCAGUGACCCCGGCUGCCUUGCUGACCUCCACCAGCCGCCCUACUGCAACAGCCCCCUCCCCAGCCCUGGACCUUACAGAGUGAAGUUCCUCCUGAUGGACGCCAGGGGCUCACCCCUGGCCGAGACCAGGUGGUCCGACCCCAUUGCUCUCCACCAAGGUAGCCCUGGGGGAGGGGGGUGCUCCGGCUCCAGUCUACCCCUGUGGACUCAUCACCCCUCUGCCAAAUGGUCAUGCUCAGCCGUCCUCUCCCCCUGCUGCCAUGAGACUGGGGGCCUGGAGGCACUGUGUCCAAGUCCAGCCCCUCCCCCAAACAGAAGCUCGUGCUGGGGAGGUGGGGCACCGGGUCAGCCUCAUCGGCUCUGUCCAUGCCCAAAUGUUGGUCACCCCUCAGCUGCCCAGGUCCCAGCCCAGUUGUGGGCAGGGCGGUGGGGGGUGCACAUUGGCAGGAACAGCCUAGAAGGUGAGACCAAGGGGCUGGAGCCAUAGGUGAUACAGGAGGGCAGGGCCCAGAUGCCCGGCUGAGAUGAACAGGUGGGUGGACUCAGGAGGCUGUCAGGCCUUGAGUGUGCGCCUGGGUGGGGACGUGACUGCCCUGGGGUCCAGGGGCAGCCUCUGAGCAGCUGCUGUGUGCAGGGAAGGCGCCAGCCUCCAUCGACACGUGGCCAGGGCGGCGCAGUGGUGACAUGAUCAUCAUCACCUCCAUCCUCUGCUCU